AGUACGGUGUUGGAUGCUGAAGUCUGGGGACAGCUCAUGCAUGCUGAAUUGCAAUACCCAAGCAGUCUAGGAAGGCGACAGUGGCAGUAUGGUGGCGGAACGGGCUCUGCUUGCCGCAAGACAGGGAGACGUGGACACCUUGAAAGUGUUGUUCGCUGAGAAGGUUCUGCACGCCGGCAUCAAGGACCCUCUCGGGGCUUCUCCGGUGCACCACGCCGCCCGAGCAGGGAAGCUUACCUGUCUCCGUUACCUGGUGGAGGAUGCCGGUCUGCCCGGGAACAGCCAUGCCAGGAACGGAGCGAGCCCGGCGCACGACGCCGCUGCCACCGGCAACCUAGCAUGCCUCCAGUGGCUUGUCACCCGUGGAGGUUGUGGAACGGAGGACCGAGACAGCUCUGGGGCCACCGUGCUACACCUCGCGGCUCGGUUUGGCCACCAUGAGAUCACAGACUGGCUCCUGAAGGGCGGAGAAGGGGACCCCAGGGUAGCCACGGACACAGGAGCCCUUCCUGUCCACUACGCAGCGGCCAAAGGAGACCUCCCCUCGCUACGACUGCUUCUGGGUCACAGCCCGAGUGUGGUCAAUGCUCAAACAAAGAAUGGUGCCACUCCUCUUUACCUGGCUUGCCAGGAAGGUCACAUGGAGGUCGUCCAAUACCUGGUGAAGGACUGCGGGGCGGAGUCUCAGAUAAGAGCCAAUGACGGGAUGACGCCGCUGCAUGCCGCCGCCCAGAUGGGGCACAACACUGUCAUUGUGUGGCUGAUGAGCUUCACUGAUACCAGCCUGUCAGACCAGGAUGACGAUGGUGCCACCGCCAUGCACUUUGCUGCCAGUCGUGGCCAUGCCAAGGUCCUGAGCUGGCUCCUGCUCCACGGAGGGGAGAUAACCAGCGACCACUGGGGAGGGACGCCCCUGCACGACGCUGCCGAGAACGGGGAGCUUGAGUGUUGUCAGAUUUUAGUGGUGAACGGAGUGGACCUGGGGAGCAGAGACCAUGAUGGUUUCUCAGCCACGGACCUGGCUGAAUACAACGGACACAUGCAGUGCGCCAAGUACCUGCGCAACGUGGAAAACAUGAGCGUGGGGCACCGGGUGCUGUCGCGGGACCCCUCGGCAGACCUGGAGUUCAAGCAGCCCGACUCGGGGAUGUCCUCCCCCAACACCACCAGGUCAUCCUCCGCCCAGCAGACGCGCUUCGACAUCGGCUCCCCCUCCAGCACCCUCUCCAACUACGACUCCUGCAACUCCAGCCAGUCGAGUACGGGAGAGAAGAGGAGCGGCUCCAUGGGGCCCCAAGGGCCAGGGGCUCCGGAGACAGCCAUCACAGACAUGCAGGCAUACAUGGACAUGCUGGACCCAGACCUGGGAUCCGAGGCACAGAAGAAAGGAGGGCCAGCCCCCACAGCCCCUCCUCCACCCUCCUUCUCUCCCCCUCCCCGUCCCCCCCUCACGCGGGUGCGGCUCGAGUGACGGGGGGGAGGGUCGACGUGGGUCCCCCCCUCCCAGUCGGGACCCGGCCCCCCCGAGGAUCAGCCCUCCGCCGAGAUGUACCUGCACGUCAAGAGCAACCUGCGGCACGUGGAGAGCGGGGUCCUCAAGAAGGAGUCGACUCCAGGAGACGGCACCCCAGAGAGACUGCGAAGAGUCGACUCCAACAGGAAAUCCAGAAACUUUAACAAGCAGCCUAGUACUGGGGAUUAUUACAAAUCACUCGGCAGCGACACGGCGGACAAACAGGCAAGCAGGGCCAUGGCACCCAACGAGAAGGGGUCUCUCUUGCUUGAAGAAGCAGCGGCGAGUGGGACCAGCCAGCAAAACGGGACCUCUGAGGUGCUGCCAGCCCCUCCACCUCCUCCCCCUCCAGCAGAGAGCAUGCCGACUCCCCCCCCUCCCCCCCCGCUGCCCACCGACACGCCCCAAGACAACAGCACCCAGCGCCGGCCGUCCUCCUCUGCAGGCAGUACAAAGUCGUUCAAUAUGAUGUCUCCGACGGGUGAUAACUCAGAUCUGCUGGCGGAGAUCAAAGCUGGGAAGAAUUUGAAGCCAACCCCCCAGACUAAAGGGUACACCACUGUCUACAGCACCGGCAGCGGGCAGACUGGUCCCAGCGCAGAGGUCCCUGCAUCUCCAGCCCAGACCUCAACAGUCCCAGUAAACCCAAUAGCCCCUACUGCCCAGCUUUCAUCCACAAGCCCCACAGCGACCCCCACCACCCCCACAGAGCCCACCGCCACUCCCACAGCUCCCCCCAGUGAUAGGCAGAGCCCCAAGUCCCUGGCAGCAGCCCUGACAGCGGAGCAGCAGCCCUCCCCCGUGGUGGUGAAUGGGAAUGCAGACUCCAAGCCGCCCAGCCAGAUGAGCCUGGCAGACUUGGAGACCCUGGUGCCCACCCACGACGAGGGCGGCAUGCCGAUCCCCGAGUGGAAGCGACAGGUGAUGGUGCGCAAGCUGCAGCUCAAGAUCCAGGAGGAGGACGAGAGCAGGCGAAAGGAGAAAGAGGAGGAAGCCCGCUUAGCUGCUAUGCCUGCCUGGAGGAGAGAAAUAAUGAAGAAGAAACUGGAAGACGAAAAGGAGCAAAAAAGACAAGAGGAAGAGAGGACAAAGAAGGAGAAAGAUGAAGCGGAGAAGGUACAGCUGGAAAAAAUCCGAACCCUCGGGUACGACGAGACAAAACUGGCGCCGUGGCAACGGCAGAUCAUCCUGAAGAAAGGAGACAUAGCGAAGCAUUAGGAAAGCACUAACAUACUAACAGACACACCUUGCAUCUGUCUAGAUAAAGCAUGCAUACACCUGUGCUGUUCUGUGGCAUAGAGGGAACCACUCGCUCUAUACUACCCCACCCAGGACUCCAUUCACAACGCUGCACACUGCAGUGGCAUCACCAGGUCUAACGAUAUGACAGCCUUCUCUCUCUCUCUCUCUCUCUCUCUCUCUCUCUCUCUCUCUCUCUCUCUCUCUCUCUCUCUCUCUCUCUCUCUCUCUCGCUCUUUAGGCUGUCAUAGGUUCACUAUGGAAACUUCUUAAAUAUACAAGAACCUCCUGGAAAUCUCAUCAGGUUAAAUCUUGUUAAAUAAUACAAGAAACAAAUAACAUAUAUAAAUAUAUUUAUAUGUAUAGAAAGCUUCCCACUUUUAACUGUAUCAGUCCCCUUUCUCCUACAUAUAUAUGUAUGUGCUUUUUUUCUUUUCUUUGUUUGUUUCCAGAUGCCAAUUGUGACCCUUUCUCCUUAUCAGAUUCUUUUUUUCAUGGUGAAACGAUGACUUUAGACACAUUUUUAGUCUACCGUUAAGUAAGUAAAGUUAAUGGGUAAGGCAGCAUUUUUUUUUUAAUUAGAAAGGGUUGAAGGAAAGCAUAUUGAACUCUGUACACCAGCUAAUUUUGCAGUCUGAGUAAACUUCUUUAGGGGUGUGCAGAAACAUGGAUUGAAUACCUGCUGAUUUCAAAUGCUUCUUAAAGGCACCAGUUUGUGCACACCCCUGUAUGAACAUCUCCUCACAGUAACCAAGCAACGGACAGCGAGCUGCACAGUCCUCUAACUUCUUUAUGGGGAAUCGCUGUGCUGUAAAACAAUCUCACAAAAAAAGAGGCAUGAACUCCAUUAUAUAGUAAGAAGCAGGCAGAUGAUAGCGUACAGGCAGAAAGGACACCACCCUGUGGGGGAGGCUGGGCUGCUGUACAGCACUUUGAUUGUAUUUCCAAUCCACCAAUGUUUUUCACUUAGCCUUCUGAGCCUUCCUAUUUACUGCUAAGAGCAGCGGGACCCACAGGCUACUAGAUUCACUAGCACAGCCCGAUCUCACCCCCCAAAGUGUGCUGAAUGUUGCACAUACAGCAUGGACCGUUCCCCUGUAUAUGUACACUAGAUUUACAAAUAAAGAUUAUAUAUAUAUAAAUAGUAAUUCAUGGUAUAAUUCAUGGAAUAAAUAUGUUUCCUUGUUGGGUAAACAUUCAGGAAGAUUAAAUUCACUCAUUGGAUGCCAUAUUGAUGUUGAAGAAAAAAGAUAUCUAUUAAAGCAGAGUUAUAUAACAUCAUUGCCAUUCGCAGAUUUUAGGAAAGCAUAUAUAUACAUACAUACAUACAUAUAUGUAUAUGAGAUACUUGUAUGCUAGAAUCCUGUGUAAUGUUUAUUUAUCUCCUUGCCUCUUAUUCUCUGCAGCCUUGCUUAUGUAGCGUCUUGGUAUAUUUGUGUAAAAUCACUUGGGAUUAAAUACAUCUUUAAUCAUGUCUGAGGUG